UGAUACCGGAACCGGAGCAGGAGAGUCAGAAUUCAGGAGAUUCAGGAGAUCAGAUCCCCCAGAAGUGUUCGGCAAUAAUGACGAAAAAGAUGACAGCGGUGCUGGUGCUGGCAGUUUGACAACCCUUUCUGCAACUGAGAAGUGUCAAAUAUUAUCAAGCCACGGAGCGCCUGUGUUGUCAGGAUGUUCAGAUUCCUUAAAAGAUUGUAGAAUUUCAGUCCUCCGCCAGGCAGCCUCACUGGGGAGGGGACAAACGGCAAAUUUAAAGCCUCAAACCUGGAGGGACUUGAUUUUAAUCUGCAGGCCAUAACAGCGGAACCAUGUAGAGAUUUUUUCUGCUCAUAAGGGAUGUGGGUUAGCUUUCUAGUUCCUUUUUAAGGUUGAUUGGUUUGAUUUACUUUAUGUCUUUAUUUCUACACCAGACUGCUAAAUAAAAAUGGUUCUGCACACAUCCCCCUACCCAAGUGCCUUUCUAAGCUUUCUGAGCAACCUUUCCUGGGCCCUGGUUUUCCCUUGUUACUGGAUGCUGGACAGGCUCCUGGCCUCAUGUGUGGCCACGUCACUUGAAAAGCGAAGGCGUUCGCAGGACCCCUGCUCCUUCCUGGCCCUAGGGAUGUUAAUUUCUACACCGCUGUACCUAGUACUGCUCCUGGCCUCAUUACCUUUUGCCCUGCUGGGAUUCCUGGUUUGGGCACCUCUGCAGGCAUCCCGCCACCCAUAUAUCUACUCUUACCGCAAACCAGACACAAAUUGGGCCGAGCAUGGUACCGUUGCAGGAUCUGGGGCAGGAAUUAGUGAAUGGCGCCCACAAGGCCGCAGUUUCUGUUUCAGCAGUGCCAACGUGUGCCUUCUUCCGGACUCUCUGGCUCGCUUCAACAACUUGGCAAACACGCAGCGCAGGGCGCGAGAGGUGGGCAAACGCAUCCGUAAUGGUGCGAGCCGACCACAGAUCAAGAUCUACAUUGAUUCUCCUACAAACACCUCAAUUAGUGCUGCAUCCUUCUGCAGCGUGGCCACACAAGGCUUCCGACGAACAUCCUCAGUAGACCAGCGUCCUGAACCAACAACAGUAAGCGACGGUGACAGUGAUCCUGUUGCAGAGUGUCCUGUGCAUUCAUCUGGUGGAACAAGUUCAGACUGCCCUGUCCAUAGCACCCAAAGUGUUCCUGAAUGUCCCUUGCACUCUAAUGGUGAAGAAGCAUCUUCAGAUUGUCCAAUCCACCAACCGGCAGAUAUGCAGGCAUCCAAUGAUUGUCUGGUCCACUCCACCACAGUGGCCACAAACUCAGAAGAAUGUCCCUUGCAUCCAUCCGGGGUCCAAAUCAGCAUCACAUCGCCUGACCCUGAGCCUUCUGAGGCCGAAGUACGAAACCAUCAACCCAGUGAGGGAGAUAUAGGCAGCUUGCACAGUCGCACUGCCUCCCGGGAGUCCUUGACCCGUUUCCAUGGUGCCACAGAUGGAGGACUACCAUCCAACAAUACACUCUCACAGCACCGUACCUCUGUCUUCAAAAGGCCUCUCGCCCGCAAGCGUCGACACGGGGAUGAUGGUUUUGACCAUGAAAUCUCAGCUUUUUUUCCUGCCAAUUUGGAUUUCCUGUGCCUGCAGGAAGUGUUUGACAGACGAGCAACAGAACGGCUUUGCUGUCAGCUACACCGCUACUUCCCGUAUGUCCUGAGCGACGUGGGACGCUAUGGCUGGAAGGGUUGCUGCUCAAGAUUCAAGUUCUUAAACAGUGGCCUCCUCCUGGCCAGCCGCUACCCCAUCCUGGACGCACAUUAUGAGUGUUACCCCAAUGGCCGUGCUGAGGAUGCACUUGCUUCCAAGGGUGCUCUUUAUGCCAAGGUCCAGGUGGGAACCUCGCAACAGGAGCAGAGGAUUGUGGGAUACAUCACCUGCACCCACCUUCACGCUAUAGAAGGCGAUGCGUCGGUGCGUUGUGAGCAGUUGGAUCUGCUCCUGCAGUGGGGAGCUGACUUUAGGUUGGCCACGUCUCAAUCUGCAGCUCAGGAGAAAGGUAUGGAGGACCAGGUAGCCUUCGACGUCAUCCUCGGAGACCUUAACUUCGAUAACUGCUCCUCAGAGGAUAAGUUGGAGCAGCAGCACGCUAUUUUUACUCAGUACAGAGAUCCGUGUCGUCUGGGGCCCGGAGAGGACAAACCGUGGGCUUUGGGUACCCUGCUGGUCACGAGUGGUUUGUACGAUGAAGAAGUCAGCUCACCAGAGAGUCUACAAAAGGUUAUGGAAAAUGAAGAGGCCAGGAAAGAGUACUUGGUUUUCCCAGCGAGUAAGAACCAGUGUCCAAGUCAGAAGGGUCAAAAGAUCCCUCUGAAGGGAAACGGACGUAGGAUCGACUACAUCCUGUACAGAGAGGAAGGCCAGCAUGCUGACUGGAAAGUGGACAUCGAGGAAUUCAGUUUCAUCACUCAGCUGGCUGGACUGACCGAUCACCUCUCUGUGGCGGCACGAAUCGCUGUGUCUACAGGAGAGGAGGAGUCCUAAAUCCGGCUUCCUGUUACACAAUGCCACGGACAGAGAGAGAGAGAGAGAGAGAGAGAGAGAGAGAGAGAGAAAGCAGAACUAAAACCUUUCAAACUGCUGAAUGGAAAAAAAAAAAGAAGUGUGCGACAUUUUAACUUUUGCCUCAUCAAUGACAGCAUGGAGCCAUGUCAUGACACACAUACACUCACGCCCACUCACACCCACACACACCCACAAACCACAGAAGGGCACGCUGUCCUUUGUUUUACCCAGAGACAACACGGCGAUCUCGCUCUCUCACUUCCUCUUUUGGGACUCUCUCUACAUCUCGAGAGUAAGAGUUUACGUCCUUAUCAUGCUGUGUCACAAGUUUGGCUCACCUCAGCUACUUUCAUUUCUCCGUGGCCUAUGACUUAACGAGGAGACUUUUUUUUUUGUGCCAUGAUUCGAGGAAGCUUUACUGGGAAACCUGGAUUCAGAGUAUUGCAUGUCCCGAAGUUUAACACACAAACGUGUUCAUGAACGAGACCUUUUCCUUUAGCUCUCCUCAAGAACCUCAGCGAGAAGUGUCUUUCUUUUCUAAUCUCUUUCUAGACCUUUCUAUGGCCAAGUGCACCGUCUUUGUAGAGAGUUUGUACACGGAGUCACCUGAUGCGAGUGGACUCGACUCUGAUCGUUAACUACAGUCGGAAUAAUUAACUCUCGUAUUUAUAGCGGUUUAUUGUAGCCUAUCUUUGAAAUGCAGUAGUGAUACCGUGUGUGUGUGUGAGUGAGCGAGUGUGUGUGUGCUUUACUUUAGAUUUAUUCUCCGAUUGAAGAUUUUUAACUGUUUGAUAAAUGCACAGCCAUGAAAAAUCACCGGCCUGCAUGAUGACAAAAUCCUGACAAUGAUUCAAAGAUUCGGAGGUCUCACACAACAUUUCUCGGGCUUACACACACACACAUUUUCAAUCUCACACACUUUUUUUUUCCCCUACACACUCAAGUAUUCCUACAGUAAUGAUUUUCAAGCUCAGUUCAAUCAGCCAACCAAUCAAACCUGAUCUUUUUUUUCAUUAGACUAAGCAUAAAUAAUGGUUUUAAUUGCGCUUCAUAAAAGUUUAGCAUUAGCUAACGUAGGAAUCAUUUCCAUAAACGCAUUACUGAGGUAACGUUAGCUAUCUAACAGGUUAGUUUAGCUAACAUUACCUCUCCAGGUAUCAAGCUAGCUAGCUAAUGUCAGACUAACGUUGUGUAGUUGAAGCCAAUGGCAAACUAAUUAACUUUACGUAAUAUAGAGCGGUGACUACAAUUAUCGACACCUUAACGAUUUUUUGGCUGUUGCAAAAGUAGAAAAGACUUUCAAUACGUAAAUUGUGCACGAAUAAUUACUCAAACUUCCACUGGGGAAAAAAAAAAUGAGUUGAUUCCUGAUUACUUAGCGUAUCAGAUCACGUGACGCCGUUCCACAAUUAUUGACAGUUUUGUCCACAGUUAUCGACACCGUUCCACAAUUAUCGACAUCCAAAUAAUUAUUUAUAAAAAAAUAAUCAGUAUGCGGUAUAAAGUUAACAAAACAUAGUUUUGUUUUACACAGCCUUAUAUUUAAUACAAAAUAUCUUUUAUAUAAAUAUAUCCAUGUCGGUGCUUACGUAAAUGAGGAAGUAAUUCUAAUGCUUGUAAACAAAUGAACUGAUAACGUUUAACCUGCGUCAGAAAAUCUUUUUGUUCCACUUUCUACCCACUUUCUAAGUAUUUCCGUAGAUCACAUUUUGUUCAUCAUUUGUUAUUGUUUGUAUUAAUUUCUAGUUUUGUCGUUUACCAAUAAAUAUCAACAGGGAAUUGAGAUUGUAACCACAUGAACAUCCAGGUCAAAGGUCGCAUCUCAUUCCUCGAACCAAAAUAUAAAAUGUCUACUGAUAUUGUAAUAUGCGGUCGAUAUUUACAACA